UCGUACACAUCUUCUCUGUUCUGUUUUAUAUCUUACUGAACAUAUAUAACUCUUGAAUGUGAUUGGGCUCGGAGCGGCAUUAUUGUUAAUGUAAUUUUGUAAUUUCAGAUGAGGUUCUUUCUUCAUCUAAAAGGAGCGCCGACGCUUCAUGUUGUUGGGCUUCAAACACUUUCCAAACGCCUCUAUUUUGUGCAUGCGUCCAAGGGCCGGCAUAAGAGGAAGAGAUCAUUCCAUGGCGCUAGCGAUCACACACUCUCCACUUUGUCUGCGUACUCGUCAUGUAGCAUACGAUCCAUUUCGGCCACCGAAAGGUAGUGUUCGCUGAAGCAGCUUAUGGCUACGUCUUAAUCAUAGCAGACGGGGUUAGCUUCGCCUUGCGCGUCUUGGACAUCGCGUCCAGCUUCGUCUUGAUCGUGGGAGAUGUUGCCAGCUUCGUCUUGGUCUUCGCUGGACAUGGUAAUAUAUGUCUGAAGCGUUUCACCCGUAUCAAUUUGUAGAACAAAUUCCUAAAAUACUCUUGAACUUGUAGGCGGUAAAAAGUUGUUGGUGGGGGGAUUGAAUUAUUUCGACUCUGUGAUGGAUUUAUCUGAUUUAACUUAAUGUGUGAAGGCUUCCUGCUUACUGUUCCAAGCCUCUCUUGGCUUGUGAUUUGUCUUAAAUUCCCUUCCUUAUGAUUCUUUCGAUGUGUGGCAACAUUUGCGGCAAAUUAAAUUCUUCAAUCGAAUCGAUUUUGGAGGCCACUCUUUCUCCCUCCGACAGUUGCAAGAAGUUUGCGGCUGCUGCUGCGAUUGAUUGCGGUGUAUCGCUUGCAGCCAAUGAAGCAGAAAGUUUUUACGUCAGCAGGUAGACAGCAGCAGCAGCAACAGCAGGGAGCUUGCAUCACAUUCACUCCAUUCAUUCCACAGUAUAAAAGCGAAUGCUUCGAUUGGGUAGUGGGUUCAGUGUAGAGGAAACCAUAGCAAGCGAAAUGCGAGGCUAUCUGAAGCUGCUGUUGGUCCUGGGCCUGCUGCUGACGUACGCGUCGGCAAAGAAGAAGGAGGCCUCCUCCGAGGAGGAGGAAGAGGGUGGCGAAAAGUACGAGAAGAAGAAAUACGGCGAUGAGGAGCACAAGGGUGGCCACGGCCACAAGGAGCACAAGGAGUGGGACGAGGACGAGAAGAAGCAUCACGAGCAGGAGGAGCAAGAGCACCAUCAUGGCGAAAAGGGCGAGAAGAAGAAAAAGCACUACGACGAGAAGGACGAACACGGGGAGAAGCACGAGCAUGGCGCCCACAAGAAGGAGGGCAAGCACCACAACAAGAAGAAGCACAAGAAGGGACACAAGGAGAUGGAAUACCACAAGAAAUUCAACAAGGACGAAUACUACAAGGAAAAGAAGUUCUACGACGACGAGCACAAGGGCGGACAUCACAAGAAAUUCGGCAAGGAGCACAAACACCAUGCCGAGGAGCAUGGGGAGCACAAGAAGGGCGAGAAGCACGAGAGUGGCAAGAAAAAGGGACACAAGAAGCACAAUGGCCACUACAAGAAGGGCCAUCACGACGAGGAUCACAAGAAGUACAAGAAGGAGCACAAAUACGGCGAAAGCCACGAGGAGAAGGAGGAGCAUGGCAAGAAGGGCUCCAAGAAGCACGGCCACAAGCACUACAAGAAGAAGGGAGGCAAGCACUGAGUGGUUUAACGCUUGUAUAUGGGGAUCCUGGUACCGUAACUAAAUACAUUUAAACAAAAAUUGUGAUCUGUUGUAGUUUAUGCGAAUAAAAGUUCUGGGCAAAGUUAAGAAUUCACUAAAUAUAUAUUCUAUGUAGAUGGUAGUAUCUAGGACUAAUGUUUGGGGGGGAGGUUGGACUUAUUU